AUGGCCAAAGGAAACACCAGUCCACUUGCUCUUCCUAUCCCCAUCUUUACUGGGGAAAAUUAUGAUGUUUGGAGUUUUAAGAUGAAGACAUAUUUUUUUUCUCAAGACUUAUGGGACAUUGUUAAUUAUGGAAACUAUUUAGAGAUCAGCGGCUCUACUCUAUCUGAACAACAACAGAAGCAGUUGAAAGAAAGUAAGAAAAAUGAUGCAGCAGCACUUUUCAUCCUUCAACAAGCCGUGGAUGAUAAUAUUUUCCGCAAAAUUUCUCGUGCUCAGAAGGCGAAAGAAGCAUGGGACGCUUUGAAAGAAGAGUUCCAAGGCAAUGCUCAGCUUAUAAUCGCUUCUUCUUCUUCGCAGACUACCGCGUCAGCGGAAGGGAGAGAGCCGGAGGAUUUCAAGAAAUACCUGCCAUUAUACAAAGCUAUACUCGAAGGCGAUCUGCAAUCUGUACAAGAACUCUGUGAUAACGAUGAGAAUGCGUUAGAAGCGAGGAUUACGGUAAACUUAGACACAGCUCUUCAUGUAGCUGUUGGGACAGGCAAGGCCAAUCAUAUUGUGGGGUAUCUAUUGAAUAAGAUGUCAAUGGAUCAAGUGUCACAGAAAAAUAAAGAGGGCAACACGGUCCUUUCUGUUGCUGCAAUUGAUACCUUUGGUUGA